AUGGGAUCAUCAAAUGACUUCCAUGACGACGAGACCCUAGAGCUUCUGAAGCAUUACCUCAAUCUCUCCUCGAAUCUUACGGACCUCUAUACCCAGUGGUCCUCGCAAGACCCGAACUUCAAAAAAAAGGCACCCCAGUUCACAGGAAUCAGGAUACUGCGCCAGGAUGCUUGGGAAGCGCUUGUAUCUUUCAUCUGUAGCAGUAACAACAAUAUCACGCGCAUAUCGCAAAUGGUCGAGAAGUUAUGCGUCAACUAUGGUCCCCUGGUGGCCACUGUCGGCGACCGCGCAUACCAUGACUUCCCUCCUCCCGAGGCUUUGACCGCUGACGAUGUUGAGGGUCGCCUACGAAGUUUAGGUUUUGGUUACCGGGCCAAAUAUAUCCACCAGACAGCUUUGAUUGUAGCUAAAGAGAGAGAGCAAGGCUGGCUUGAUUCACUACGAAAUCCAGAAUCUCCUGUUCUCGGAGUUCAGCCCGUGCCCGGCGAUGAAAUGAGACCGGAGGGUAGACAGGGGUACCGUCACGCGCAUGAACAGCUACUGGGGCUACAGGGGGUUGGGCCAAAGGUUGCUGAUUGUGUCUGCCUGAUGGGGUUGGGGUGGGGAGAGGCGGUGCCGGUAGAUACUCAUGUCUGGCAAAUUGCGCAAAGAGACUACAAAUUCGGCAGAGGCGCUCACAAAUCGCUAACGAAAGCAACUUAUGACGCCGUCGGCAACCACUUUCGGAAACUCUGGGGCAAGGAGGCUGGCUGGGCUCAUAGUGUUCUGUUCACAGCGGACUUGAGGGCAUUCUCGGACAGGUUAGCUGGUGCGUCUGGAAAGAUAGAUGUCAAGGUUGCCGUGAGGGAAGAGGGCGAGGACAAAGAGUCUGUUAAGGUUGAGACAGAAGUCACGACCUCCACGGCUUAUGCCUUGAAAAGACCUGCGACUGAGAAGUUGUUGGAAUCAAAGGAUAUGAAAGAGGAGAGUAAAGGAAACGAGAAGGCCGUCAUUCAAGCCUCACAGACCACGACGACGAGAAGAAUGUCAAAGCGGCUUCGGAACCGCUGA